UUUGGUUUUGACAUUGCGAAGUAAGCUCCAUGGAGAUGGAAGAGUACGGCUGCUUGAGUUGGAUUAUCAGGAAGCUCCUACUUACCCAUGGAUUUUGAUCUAAUAAAAAUGUUCUACAUGUUAUUUAAGUAGCUGCACUAGUUUUAAGUUAACGUGUUUCGAAGCUGAAGGUGGAGUAAAUGGAAACACAUAUUUUGGAUGAAUUGCGCGUCAAUAAAUAAUCCGAUCCAUUUCAAUUGAUCGACUUGUUUAUUUUCCAAUGUAGAGAGGACAAUAUAAUUAUGUUUGCAUCAAAAGAAAAAAAUGUUUGCAAGAAAACAUUCCAGAAACCUAAUAUUCUUAGGAGAAAGGGCAAGGUUACUGUUCCUAAACCAAAUAUACAUAGUGCUCAUGAAUCUCCUGAAGCAUUCACUCUAGUCACUGAUACACCCAGGGGUAGACCUGUCUCGGAACAAUUAGACAAUAUUGUUAAACAUGACGAUGGUAAUGUAGCUACAUGGCAAUUAACAUUAAGAAAUGAUUGUGAGGAAAAGCACAAUAAUAUACAAAUAUUGAAGGAGACUGAUAUACAAGCCAAUAUAAGUAACAAUGCAUCUAUUAUGGAAAUUAAAGAUGUUAGUAAAAGCUAUGAUCAGAAUGCACUCAACAUUGAAUCGUUUUUAAACAGCACAGACAACAUAGAAGAGGAUCUGAGUUUUUCUUGCAAUCCAAAUGAAAUAAGUGAAAUGAAGCCUUCUCAAAGUAAAAGCAAAUGGUGCUUCGACAUAACUAACAAUUCCAGAGAUAUGAUUAUAAAUAACUACAAAGAGCAACCAUUACAAGAGAAUAGUGAUUCAACUGGAUUAACAGCAUCAGAGCCUGCUGAUGUACAACCAAAGGUAGUUCAUGACCUGAUGACAUUAACCAAACCAACUCAAACAGUAGCUGUUGACUGCUACACUAAUAGAGCUGUUAAGUUUAAGUGUGACCAUCCUAAUUGCAAUAAAGGCUUUUGGAGUGAAGAGAAACUGAGAAAGCAUAAGAAUUCGCACAACCGACCUGUAUAUCGGCCGCCGACGCAGAUGACAUACGAAUGUCCUGUGAAGAAAGUAGCUGAGGAUGGAACUGAAGAGAAGUGUCCUCGCACCUACAAAGUGAGGAGUGACCUGCUCAAACAUCUGGAGGAGGAUCAUACGAUUGAUGAAGCUCAGCACAGGUGCAUGGUGUGUGGGCGUCGUUUCUUCUGGGCGCUAGGUCUGCGUGCGCACGGCGCGUCGGUGUGUGCGCGGGGCGGGCUGGCCUGCGCCUGGCCCGGCUGCGGCCGCGUGUUCCGCCUGCCCUGUCGGCUCAGGGAACAUGCGCGGGCGCACACUGGAGACAGACCUUAUCUCUGCCGCUACCCUGAGUGUGGUUGGGCGUUUCGUUCAGCGAGUAAGUUGGUCCGUCACGCGCGGCGCCACACGGACGAGCGGCGCCACGCCUGCGCCACGUGCGGCCGCGCCUUCCUGCGCCGCGAGCAUCUGCGGGACCACUGCGCCAGGCACCACCAGGCACACGCACGCACUGCGCAUCUAUGCACGCAUCCCGGUUGUGAACAAUCUUUCACGAACAUGAGCACCCUGUACAUGCACAUGAAGAAAGUUCAUAGGAAGGUUGAGAACGACGCGGUCGCUUCUAUCGUCGAGGAUCCCGCUCAGUACACCUCUGAGUCCGUUAAUCUCAACGGGGAAAACGUUUACUUGGUAAAUUUGCCCGGUACGCAUACUGUGGACGAGAACGAGUCAAUUAGAGAUGUUUCGUCUAUGAGCUGUGAGCUUGAUGCGGACCAGUUAGCAGUGGAGGGUGUGAGCGGGGACUGUGUGGAGGACGAGGGAGUGGAGGCGGGCGUCGGGGGAGGGGGCGGCGAGGAGGGGGAGGGCGCGGAGUGGCACGCCGCGCGCACGCACUGCACCUGGCCACUGCCGCGUGCGCAUGCGCAUCUCGUACUCGAUGAUGAUGUUCAGGUGGAGCGAAUAGAAGGUUCAGUUAACGACGUAUACACUGUCCGCAGCGAUCUCUUCCUUCACGGCAACGUACCUAUCGACGAGGAUAGCCAGCAAAUUGUAAGCACGGCGUUGUCAAGCAGCGAGGCUGGGACUCUAGACACAGAUCUGUGCUUGAUCGACUCGCAUCCUACCAUUGAUCUCAUGCAGGAGGAGCUAAUGUACGAAGGCGCUACGGACGAAUCCUCGUUCCGGGUUUUCCUCAUGAACGGCGAGGAGCUCACAUAAUUGUACCCUAACGUCGGGUCACUUGUUGGGUCUGCAGGCCAUGCGUUGUUAUAGAAGGGCGCUGUAUGAAUGUACCACGUUCUGAGUGGCCAGUACCUACUUAUAUAAUGUUUUUGUAAUGUUUAAGCACACAUCGCACAUCAUGUUCUUAUAAGGCAUUUAAAAGAAAUUAAACGCCUUAUAAGCUUUGUUAUUUGAACGAGUUCAUUAAUUUCAAGUCAAAUGCCGUUGUGACUAAAAUAAUUUGACUAUUCAUGAUGGUCGAAGAUUGCCUCCCUUAUCAUCCAGUAGAGGCAAAAAUUCGUUACUCAGUAAGUGGCAUAUUCAUAAAAGCGCCCUCGUUAAGCUAUUUUUAUUAUUAUAUCACUCUGAGUGAUAAUGUUGUCAGGUACAUUUCAGUAAGUAUUUCAUCGGAGUUUAUACUGAAUCAGUACUUUGUUAUCAUCAAAUUUUUACAACAAAACAACAUAAAUUUACUUCAAAAACAAGACGCAAGUAUCUCUUGAAAGUUGUGGUGCAAAGUCUGAAUAUAUGUAUUUGUCAACUGUCGAUGAUCUCAAAAAUGUUUAUAUAUACCAGAAAAGUGUUGUUAUGGUGUAUUAUAUACGAAAGACAUGAUGUUUAGUCUUAAGGUGCAAUACUAUCUAUAUAAUACUUGAUGUCUUAUACCAAUACUUGUAGCGUGUAUUUGUUGAGUUGGGCCCACUGGGCUCCAUAUUCUCAACAUUCGAUUGGCUUCCGGAUAAUCAAUUUACAAACUAGUUAGUAAUUCGAGGAUCAAAUGUACAAUAUUAUUGUUCGUUCGUAACGUGUUAGGCGAUGUUUGCUAAAUAUGUGGCCUCGGGCUAGCUGGUAAUAAUGUCUAGUCCGACGAUCGAUUCAUGUGUUUAGCAAUGAUACAUCACAAGUGUUAAAUAGUAAUAAAUUCUCUAGUUACUAUAACUUUUCUUAAUUAUAUACUCCAUUAAUGUAUCUACCUAUAAGAAUAUGUUACGAUAUUAAAAUUUUUAACUACUUAUUGGGUAAAUUUUGCUCACUCUUUUCGAUAGUAAGUUAUGAUCUCUGGAAAUGCCUUUUAGGUUUAAGAAUUGAUUAAGAUAAUAAUAUUAACUGGAUGUUUGUAAUAAUGUGUGUUUGUUUAUGUAAUAACAAUUAAUAACUGUGCAAGGAGACAGUUGGUUGGCAAAAUUGUUUCGCUUGGCGUUGGGUUAAGAACUCGGUGUUGUUGAUUGAAGCAUGUUACUUAGAAAGUAAGAUUUGUUACAGUGGUGAUGUAGGCGAGUAUAAUUGCUGGUGAUACGCAGUACUUUAGAGCGGACUCGUUCGGCGACCGGUAGGAGUAAGGUAGUACGAGCGACCGGCCCUCAGGGAACAGACCAGUGUCUUGUGGCGUGAUGAUGAUAGCUCAUAUUUAGUGUAACAACGUACCUACUGAUUGUAUAUAAGAAGUUAUAUUUUUGGAUAUACAAGGUAAUGUGAGAUUGCUUAUUUUUUGAGACUGUUGUCCAAAUUAUGAUCAUGAUAUCGUUUUGUUGAAAUUUGUAUACUUGGAUGUAGAUGUAUUUCAAAAUUUAUUUUUAUAAACGAGUUUUUAUUUUGGUUGUUAAUAUUUGUUUUGUUUAAUUAAUUAAAUAUGUCUGGAAAAAGUGUAAUAUUGCUAUCACAGUCUGCACAGUAUAGAUGUACUAAGUCAAAUUAAAUUAAUCACAUAUCAAUAUUAGUUUGUUAUAUUAAUCAUAGUUUUAAUUGGUUGCUUUGUGUUUAAUUGUAGAUUUUGCUAUAUAUAUUAGUACCUAAUAAAUGUUUUUUUUGUAA